AUUUUUUUUCUCUUUACCCACACACUUAAAAGAGUCUUUUAGAAAGCAAUCAACGCACACUACAUAAACAAUAUGUCUGCCAACAGAGAACAAAUUUUUGAUACCGUACUUGAUGCUAUUGGUAACACCCCAAUGGUUCGUUUGCAUCGUGUUCCAAAGAUGCACGGAGUUGAAUGUGAAGUCUUGGUUAAAUGUGAAUAUUUCAACGCUGGUGGUUCAGUCAAGGAUAGAAUUGGUAAACGUAUGCUCUUGGAAGCUGAAAAGAGUGGCCGUAUUAAACCAGGUGACACUCUCAUUGAACCAACCUCUGGUAAUACUGGUAUUGGUUUGGCUUUGACUGCUGCUGUUAAGGGAUACAAGAUGAUUAUUACCUUGCCAGAAAAGAUGUCUCAAGAAAAGGUUUCUGUCUUGAAGGGUUUGGGUGCUGAUAUUAUCAGAACUCCAACUGAAGCUGACUGGAACUCACCUGAUUCACAUAUUGGUGUUGCUGCUCGUAUGAAGGAAGAAAUUGGUGAAACUGCUCACAUUUUGGAUCAAUACAAGAAUAUUGACAACCCAAUGGCUCACUACGAAGGUACUGCUGAAGAAAUUCUCAAGCAAACUGGUGGUAAAAUUGAUGUUAUUGUCAUGGGUGUUGGUACUGGUGGUACUGCUUCUGGUAUUGCAAAGAAGCUCAAGGAAAAGGUUCCUGGUAUCAUUGUUGUUGGUGCUGACCCAGUUGGUUCACUUUUGGCUGAUCCUGAAAAUGAUAAGGUCGGAACUUAUCAAGUUGAAGGUAUUGGUUAUGACUUUGUUCCUGAUGUUUUGGAUAGAAGCUUGAUUGAUGUUUGGAUUAAGACUGAAGAUGAACCAUCAUUCACUAUUGCUAGAGAAUUGAUUAAGGAAGAAGGUCUUUUGUGUGGUGGUUCCUCUGGUACUGCUAUGUAUGCUGCUAUUGCUGCUGCUAAGAAGCUCAAUCUCAGUGCUGACAAGAGAAUUGUUGUCUUGUUGCCAGAUUCUAUUAGAAACUAUUUGUCAAAGUUCUUGAACGAUGACUGGAUGAUUCAACGUGGUUUCAAGGAAGGUGACAAGAUUGCUGCCAGAGAACGUGAAAUGGAACAACUCAAGAAGAGAAUGGAAGUUUUGGAAAAGGAAAUUUCUACUUUGAAAUCCCAAUAAUCUGACUUAUGAUUUUCUCACUUAUACCUCCUUAUAUUUUUCUAAACUGUACUAAAAACCAACAUACAUAAAUUAUUACUUUGC